UAAAACGUCCCCAAAAACUCUCCCCUGCUGUUUAUUUCCGAAUCGAAAACCCUAAAAAAAAGCCAUAGCUUAAUUGGCUAUCCCCGCUCUCAAUCCCCUUCGCGGUUCCAUUUAAGUUAUGUUGGUGGCUUUUAUCAUAUUGAUGACAUUGAACUUUGCAUAUACUAACCGCGGGUGGUUAUAAAGAGUGGUAUUACCACAUUGUUUGAAUUAAACGCAUUGGAAUAGUUGUUGAUCGUGAUGGGCUCUACCGUAAUUACACCCGAUGAUGUGCUUGAAUCACUUAUGAAUGAUGGAACUAUCGAUGCUAUAAGAUUGAAGAUAAUUAAUCAGCUAAAGGCCAAUGAGGACUUGAAGAAGAAUACAAUCACUAUGGUGGAGCAGAGCAAGGUCCUUAACACCCCAGGUGCAGAAAACAAAACCAAGAGGGAGUUGUUUGAUUCGCUUCGAAGAGAACUUGAAGCUCCAGUACUCGAGAAGGCUUCCAAGGCAGUAUGGGAGUUGAUCCUUGAUGGAAAUGGUCUUGGGAAAGAGGUCAGUGAAACUGUAGAGAGGGUUUAUCGCAAGCUAAGCGGCCUUGAUCUCCCAAUUCCACAGAAUCAAACUGCUAUAGUUGCUCAGCCAGAGGGUAAUAAAGGAUUGGAGAAUGGAAAGUUGACAGAAACAGAAACGCCUAAGACUUCUGCGAAGAAAAGGACCUUUGGAGAGAUGAGCAAUCAAGAGGGAGCGGAAGCACUUGCCAAUUGUUCAACAGAUCAAUCUGCGGUCGUAGUGGAAAAUGGCACGGCCUCUGGGACUAAUCGAAGCUAAUCAAUUCGGUUGUCUAUAAUCAAGAAACUACGCGAUGGUUCCUGUACUUAGGAUCAUUUUAUGUGUUACAUAAUACAUACUAUCGAUCCUUGGAUCAAUGCUGAGCACGAGGAUUUCGAGAUUGACGGUUGAGCUCAGGAUCUUCUUGGUUGACAGUUAAUCAAUGUGUACUUCUAUGAUUUGUGUGCAGGGUCUAAUGUAACCGGUCGAUGAACUUCAAUUUUCCAUUAUCAUGCACGCUCAUUAACUUCAAGUUGCCCGCAUUUUAUAAGUUGAGGUUAAGCUUACCAGUA